CCUUUAUUUUUCGCUUUCGCCUUUCGCUUGGUUUGGCUUGGCUUUUGCACUUGGGGUUAACGAUGGGGUUUGCUCAACGUCCCUCGAGCGCGGGCGCGCCCCAUUGGCGCUGCCCAUGCGGGAAUUCGAAAUUCAAAGCAGCAGCGGCUGCAGCUGGAGCACAAUUAUCGGCCGGGGUGGCCAUCAAUUCCGACGGAGCGCGAGCAUGAGCACGAGCACGGUCCGGGCCGAGGCGAGGCGACGAGGAAUGAAGCGCCCCUUUGGAGAGGAGACCGACGACGACGUGCGCGGAUGAGUGUGUUGGGCUGUGACAGAAUCGAUGCAAAGUCAGAUCAUAAGGUGGUCGGUAGGACGAGGCUCGCUCUGGAUUCUGUCCGUGGCCAGCUUUACUCUGUAGCUUCUUCGCGGGACGUCACUCCCACUCAUUACAGCUGCGAGAUUGGAAUUCAAAGCGGGAAAGAAAGAGGACGGGAAAGGAGACUCUGAUUGCGAGAAAAAGAAGCCAUUCUUCCAUUCGCUCGCUCACUUACUGUGCUAGCUUUGAAGUUGGAAGAGCUCAAGUCCUACAAUCGCCACAACUACUCGUCAGUCCUAGAGCCGCACCAUAUGUCUUGUCAAGCAGUCGCACCAGAGCGCUGUCAGCUGCGUUGGGGUCGGGGACCUUGUCCAAUGUCAAAUAAUUCUCCAUCCAUCGGACUGGAUCGGGAAAGGAAGUGGGGACAAAGCUCACUACCUGCACUGCAAAGCAUAACGUAGCAGAUGGCUAGAUGCUCCAGUUGUCAGUAGUUCAGGCCCCGAAUUCUGAAUUCUGCACAAGAGGAAAGGAAGUGGAGCACAGGUAUAUAGUUGGCACAACAACAAGGACAAAGACAACCACCUGCAGAUGGCUUUGGGGCCAAUAUUAAGCAGUACGCGGCCCUACUGCAAUUGAUCCUCGCUCCUAGAGUGCGACGCGACGAGCGCAGCGAUCUCAUAAAGAACGAAUUUAAACUGAAAAAGGGCAGAAGGUGUCACCCAGUUAGUUCCGCGGGGCCGGUGUGGAUGAUGCCAUACAUGAGGUGUGAGAGCGAGAAAGCACUGUUCAUGAUAUCCCACGAAGUCUGAGUAAGGGCCCGCUCCGCCAUCGAGAUGAAAACGAAGAUCUGAAUUCCAAGAGAGUGGGGGCACAGAUGGAUAUAUGGACUGUUACCCGAACCACGUGGUUCGCGCGUGCGCAAAUGACUCAGGGAUAUUCUUUCACGAAGCCUGAGGCCGCUCUACGUGAAGACUACCGCCACCAGAAACAACAACACAAGACAAGUUCACUCAACGGCAUAUUGAGCUUGUAUGCCUCGUUGCUAGCUAAGUCUGUUUUUCAUGCUCCCAUAUCGUUAGAUAUGAUCGGUUUUACUCAUCCCCAAAGAUCAGCCUAGGGGCCCACGGAAGUUCGGUAGGAGUUGUUCCGGAGCUAUACGCUGAAACUUAUAAGCUCGCAGGUAAUUGCAAAGACAUGGGAGAGUGUGAACUUGCAACUGCAAUACGUUGAUACCCAAAAGUUUCACUUGCAACUGAAUAAACUAGGAUGACUUGUUAUGUGUAGCCGUUGACUGGCACUAGCUCGAUCAAGUAUGUACCUACUAUAUACAAAGUUCGCUCAACAAAUAAUUUUGAUUCUUAGACCCGGUCAAGGGUCUGUACAGUGUUCGUCUUUUCUCUCACAUAGCUACCCGGCAAGGUGAGAAAGGUUUCGAUGCUCCCAAUAUUCGUCUCUGUUAACGGCGUAGUCCUCAGAAGAGCUUUCGUCCAGCCGACACUUCCGAGUUCACCAAUUUGACGACAGUGGGAGUGAGAUGGGGAACAUUAGCAAUUCGGACACCAACUGAGCGCACCUAGACAUCUUCCCUGUUUCUUCUUUUCGCGUAACUAUGUCUAGAAUGUGUGAAGAUAUCGAAUUCUCGUAGUGAAUUUUUAUUACUUUUCCUUCAAAUCCGCAUAGGGCUACAGGAUAGUCAGUAUAUUUGUAUAGGUGCACAUUUGAUAUCACACCAAGCAGCAAGGGGAAGAUGAUAGUAGUACAGAAUAUCUCAAGUUUGUCCAAGCUCGAGAACUGGUACCAUCACUGAUCAUUUUGAGUGUACUUUGUUCGCUCUGCUUCAGUUCACAAUCAAUCAUGGCCCGAUCCAUAAUGUCUUCUAACUUUGAACGUUCGUUGUUGUCCGUUAUAAGAAGAGUUAAUAUCUUUCAAAUUCGGGGAAUUGACCAUCGAACCAAAACCUUCAAUUUACUAACGAUAAACAGAUCGAAGAUCUUUUAAAGGUUGUCCUUUGUUUUUUUGUUGUUGUUGGUCGAAGUCCAUGCAAAACAAAAAGAGCAGAUAAGGUGUUGGAUAUUUGAUGAAGCAGAUAGCUAGUCAGUUACUCGACAAUCAAACGUCUCCCAAGAAGCAAGCAAGCAUCCACCUUUUCAUACUUAUUGGGAGGUAAAGAGAAAACGAAUUGGUCAUACUACAAAGAUGUACAACUGACCAUAACAAGCAAGCUAAGAGACUCAAUCAAGGUAGACCUCCAACCAGGACUACGCUACUUUCUUUACAAUGCCAUGGUUGUUUUCAAUUGACACGUAUGAGAUGUACGAACUAAUAUAUGAACAAAGUCUAAAGUACCAUCAACUCGGUCCGUCAAUCAUCCUUUCUUACUUUGUGGUGAUUGACUUCGUGCCUGGAAGAAACUCUUUGCCUUAGGUAAUGCUCACCUUAUCUUACCGUGUAGAAGGAAACGUAAAGAUGGACUUUCUACUUUUCAGUUUUAACAAAGCUGAAGUCAAG